AUGGGUUCCACAACCCAGCGCACACGCGCUAUGUGGAGUCCCCACUGGUUUGGCAAAUUUUUUGACUUUAUGGAUGAGCAACUAGCUUUUAGAAAGAGGGUUUUAGAUACCUCCCUGGUGGGGAUGGGGGUUUUUGGGCAAAUGCAUGGUCACCGUGACACUGGAGAUGAUCCUGCAGGUUAUACCUGCAUGAUGUCCAACACCAAUGUCCCAGAAGGUGGUGGAACUGAAAUGGGAAGAUUCUUUGUUCUGAACAAUCUCAUUUAUGUGAAGAUGUAUGUUUGGACAACUCUUCAAAUUGUCAACAGAGGCGACAUCAUUGCUCUUCCAUUGCCUAUGGGUGUACGAAUAGACCAGGCAAAGUUUACGUCUGCAUUCACCAUGCAAGACAAUAUGACAACCAUCACUGCUGAACUUUGGCCUGAAGCUCCAGAUGGUUCGGUCUCUGAUCCCAUUUUACCAGGGGAGAUUGAGGUUGACGGGAUGGAUCCAUCUAUCAAAGCAGCUCAUAUUUGCAAAAAAAUCCACAUGGAAUGGAUUGACCACAAAGCCAAUAUGGCCAGCUUUAUACCAUCCCAGUGGGGCCACGUUAAGGACUACACAGAUAUGACAAGCCAAGAUACAGAAGUUGAUAGGCCAAAACAUGUGGGUGGUGGCAUCAGCAGGAAAAACAAGAAUGAAGGUCAAAACCGGGAGAGGGAGCUUCAACAUAACAUGAGUUUAUUGAAUCAACAUCUUCAUCAAGAGACAGUAAUGCGACGAAAACUAGAGGCUAAAAAUACUCAGAUGCAACACACUGAAUACAGGGAAAAGAAUGGCCAAAGCACCAGAAAGAGAAAACACACCAAUUACUCUUCUGGAGAAGGUGAUGAGUUAGAGGAUGAAGAGCCCUGGGAUUUAGAAGAUGAAAGGACCUGGGCUGAUCAGGAGGCCUUGGAUGACAAAGAACCCUUGAUAGAUGAAGAGCCCUCCUUCAAUGUUGGAGAACCCUUGAAUGACAGGGAACACUUGGAUGAAGAAGAGCCCUUCAAUGAGGAAGAGGACUUGGAUGAAGAAGAACCCUUUGAAAAAAGGCACAUAUAUAAUAGUGAAGGAGAAAAACAUCUCAAUCCCAUAGAUGAAUUUCUGGGCACUAUCGACUUCAAUGCAAUUGACAGCUGUGCUGACCAAUUUUGGGGAUCUCUUUGUUCAUUGCGAUCACAAGAACGCAUGAACCAAACUGAAGUGGCGGCCAACUCCAUCAGUAUAGAGCAAUCCAUUCGAUCUUUGACCAUCUCUCCAUGGGCUUCAGAUCAUCCGCAGAUCAUUGCAAAAAUAUGGCCAAAACAUGAUAUACUCUUGAAAUCCAUGCAACUUUCAACAGUUGAGCUCUAUGCCUCACCUUAUACUUGGGUUGAAACCAUUGUCUGGGAGGCAAUCAAUAAUGAGCCUUCAGUGAAUCAGACUUCUGCCCCAGCAGACUACAAACCUAGCUGGGUGCACCAGCUGGUCAAAGAUCUGAAGGGAUUGUAUCUGAGUGGCCUACACAAAUCAGAGAUUAUACCCUUUCCUUCGACAAAGUAUCUUCCACAUCUGGAAGAGCCUGUAACUCACCAGCACAAAAUUGGACGCGUGUUAUAUGACACAGAUGCACAAAAGGAGCAGCUGGCGACUGCAGCCACAGACAUCAUUCGUUCCUGGCUGCAUUUUCCAACUACCCCCAAAGCAAUUUCUCAGUGGAUGUUCAUUGCCACUAUCAACAAGACCCUGAGCUCUGAGCCUAGCCAUCAAUAUCAGAGCAACAAUUCCUGUUUGCAUAUAUCUCAGGAAAGAGGAUGGGAAAAGGUUCCCGCGGUGAUGAAAGAGAGUCAGAUUGAUUGCAAGGCCAUUGAGAAGGCACAGCUUGUGUUCACCAAUGCACGUUCUGAAUUCAGAGCAGGAAACACUAGUUCUGGAGCAAAGAAACCGUCCAAGACCAAAGGAUUCAACUCGGACAAAUCAUCACUUCCCCAGUCCAAAGAUGACAGAAGAAUGCUUUUUGUCAACUUUCUGAGGCGUGGGCUGCCCCUUUUGGAGCAGGGACUCUCUGUGCAUGUGAACAGCUCUGACAAAUUUCUCAAGAAGAUGGCAAAUUCACCUGACAAAUUCAUGCCAUACAGAGAACAUGCUCCCACUCGUAUUCUUUCACGAAAUUCAAUAUAUGAUGAUCCAGAAUGGCUGAAGACACCAAUUGGUUUCUGGAAUGUUCUGUGCUUCCGUGGAGUUUUCUUUGGCUCAGAGUUUGCUCAUGACAAUGGACGUCAUUUUGAGGAUCUGGAUCAGUGGAAAGCAUUUAGCAAAGGCCACCCACAAAGCUAUUUUGUUGUUAAGACUGCCUAUGGGUCUUUUCAAGGAGAUCGAAGCAUCGAUCGGGUUGAAGAAUACUGGGAAAAAAGGGAUCUAUGGGAGCUGCUGAUGAAUAAGAAGGAUUUGACUAUUUUUGACGUUUAUGACUUCCUGCUCCAGUCAUCCACUGGUGGUGGAAGGUCAACAUCAAGUCGAAAGAGGGGAUCUUGGCAGUCAGCAAAAGGCAACAACAAAUCCACUUCAAAGAAGGUCUUUGUCAACAUAGGCUCACUAACAGCCAUUCUUAUCAUAGGAGAUCUCAUCUAUGCGGACAUACUUCCCAUGCCUUCUGCUCUUGACUGGGGUAAACUCAUUGAAAAGGUGGGGAAGGGCACGUUGGAUGCUAUGAUCAUGCUUGGGCUGAUUGAUGAGGACACGACGGUGCCGCAAGCAUUUGCUGAUCUUGAUGCCUUUGUCAAUCGCGAGCUUACUUCUGAAGAAAAGUCUGCCAUGACAUAUGAUGUCUUGACUGGGGAGCAUAUUAUACUCUAA